GCCCGGUUCCCCUGCCCCGGCCCGGGAUCCCGAGCAGUGCCGUGGUGCCGGAGCCUGGCCUGGGCCUCUACCCUGUCCCUGGACUUGGGGCUGGACGCGGAGAGCAGGACGCUGCCCCCCCAGAGCCCCCACCCUCAGCCAGGCGGGUACCACGGCAGGGGCUGAGCCACCCUCAUGGAAGGGAGAGGACCAUACCGGAUCUACGACCCCGGGGGCGGCAUGCCUCUGGAAGAGGCGUCCGCAGCUUUUGAGCGCCUAGUGGAGGAGAAUUCCCGACUGAAGGAAAAGAUGCAAGGGAUAAGGAUGUUAGGAGAGCUUCUGGAAGAGUCCCAGAUGGAAGCAUCCAGGCUGCGGCAGAAGGCCGAGGAGCUGGUCAGGGACAAUGAGCCGCUCCCAUCACCGUCUCCCUCGUUGGCCUCCUUUGACCACCUGGCCGAGCUCACAGGAAAGGAGGCAGAUGUCCCAGCACCCGCCGCUGACCCUGCACACCCCAGUGGCAAGCCAGAGCCAGUCCCCAAACCUCCAUCCAGUGGCACCUCCUCUGAAUUUGAAGUGGUCCCCACUGAGGGGCACUCUCCACCAGAGAGCGGUGGCCACACCAGAAAUGCGAUGGAGCUGGGCCCCCUGCCCCACGAGGACGGCAACCUGAUGUUGCACCUGCAGCGCCUGGAGACCACCCUGAGCGUGUGCGCCGAGGAGUCGGACCACAGCCAGCUCUUCAUGCACCUGGGCCGCAUGGCCCUGGAAUUCAACCGGCUGGCCUCCAAGGUGCACAAGAACGAGCAGCGUACCUCCAUCCUGCAGACCCUGUGUGAGCAGCUUCGAAAGGAAAACGGGGCUCUGAAGGCCAAGCUGGACAAGGGCCUGGAACAGCGGGAUCAGGCUGCUGAGAGGCUGCGGGAGGAAAACCUGGAGCUCAGGAAGCUGUUGAUGAACAGUGGCCAAGAGGGUGCCUCCGGGCGGCCGGGCUCACCCAAGAUGGAAGGAGCAGGCAAGAAGGGGCUGGCCGCGCAGCAGCAGGCUGGCAUGUCAGAAGGUAAAAUCCCAGAGGUGGGGGCCUUGGGAGCAGCUGAGAAGAAAGUGAGGAUGCUGGAGCAGCAGCGCACGGAGCUGCUGGAAGUGAACAAGCAAUGGGACCAGCACUUCCGGUCCAUGAAGCAGCAGUACGAGCAGAAGAUCACUGAGCUGCGCCAGAAGCUGGCAGAUGUGCAGAAGCAGGUGACUGACCUGGAGGCUGAGCGGGAGCAGAAGCAGCGUGACUUUGACCGCAAACUCCUCCUGGCCAAGUCCAAGAUCGAAAUGGAGGAGACCGACAAGGAGCAACUGACAGCAGAGGCCAAGGAGCUACGCCAGAAGGUCAAGUACCUGCAGGAGCAGCUGAGCCCGCUCACUCGGCAGCGGGAAUACCAGGAAAAAGAGAUCCAGAGGCUUAACAAGGCCCUGGAGGAGGCACUGAGCAUUCAGGCCUCCCCAUCCUCUCCACAAUCGGCCUUCGGAAGCCCAGAAGGUGCCGCAGGCCUGAUCAGGAAACAAGAGCUGGUCACGCAGAACGAAUUGCUGAAACAGCAGGUGAAGAUCUUUGAGGAGGACUUCCAGAGGGAGCGCAGCGACCGCGAGCGCAUGAACGAGGAGAAGGAGGAGCUGAAGAAGCAGGUGGAGAAACUGCAGGCCCAGGUCAACCUGACGUGCGCCCAGCUAAAAGCCUUCAAAGAUGAGGAGAAGGCCAGAAAUGCCCUCAGACAGCAGAAGAGGAAGGCCAAGAGCUCAGCGGACCGCUACCACGUGGAGUCCCACCCGGAGCACCUCUGCGGGGCCUACCCCUACGCCUACCCGCCCGUGCCCGUCAUGCCACACCACGGCUUCGAGGACUGGUCCCAGAUCCGCUACCCCCCGCCCCCCACGGCCAUGGAGCACGCGCCUCCACUUCCCAGCUCGCGCCUCUUCCAUCUGCCAGAAUAUACCUGGCGGCUGCCCUGCGGAGGGAUGCACAAUCAGAGCUCGCAAGUGAUGGACUCGCCCGCGGCCAGGCCCGAGGAUCCAGAGUCCACCAAAAAUGGCCGUGAGAGACCUCAGUGAAACCAGUCAUUGGCACCACGCCUGCGUCUUGCAGAGCCAGCUGACUUCAGAUCACUGAAAAACUCGAGGCCUCGUGCUCUGUGUGGCCAGAGCCUUGGCCAUGCGGGAUGCUGAGAUGGAUGGCCAGCUUGUGCCCCGGAACCAACCUGAACUGUUUCCAGACCGGGGAGGCUCCAUCCAGAAGGUGUCCAUCUGGGCCUCUCCUUUGAGUGACCAGGAAACACUCACUACGGUGCCACCAAGCGGAGAGACGCAUCAUCGGCCUUGACCUUCCCUCCUCUGUAGAAGCUGCCAGGGGGUGUCAGUGUCGAGUGGGGUGCCGUCAAGACCCCUUCUUUUCAAAACUUCCCCAGAAGUGGUUCAGCAACCCCUCCGGGGACCACAUUCAAUUCAUGCGUGUGUUUAAAUGUUGCUUCAAGCUGUGCAGUAGCGCGACCUGCCCCACUCCCAUCCUUUCCCCCUUGAGGAGCUGCAGGAAGAGCAGGUUUGCGUCUGGGAGCAGGGAGGACAACAGGCUGUCCUGCCGCUGGGCCGUCCACUGCCACCCACGGCAGCCUCGCCAGUGCCACACAGCCUGGGACGAGGGCCAUGCCGCCACCUCCGCAGAGGUGCCCCAGCCUGAAGCUGCCAGACCCUCAGCUGGAGGCUUGCGGUGCCAGAGGCCUGGAGUAGGGUGGCUGUCGAUCCCCGGGCAGCCGUUUGCACAAAUCUUGGACAUAAACCCAAGUUGAAGAUCA